GAGGCGGGCGGGAGCUGCGCGCACUCGGGUCCCCUCCCUGCACCGCGCCGCCAGUUGCUGGUUGCUAAGCAGUGACAUUGUUUCUGUGGGAUUGCAGAGGCUGUUGCUAACGGGAGAAGCCCCACUAAGCCUGGGCAUCUUCCUUCUUCGGAUCCGCUCCCCGUUCUCGGCUUUUAAAGGGGAAACCAGGCUGGCCUGCCCACCCUUCUCCCCCACCCGCUCCGGAAUAGCCGUGAGGUUUCGGGGUAUGGACUGAACCUCAGUCCCCUCGCCAACUGCACUCCGGGGGCUCCACACUCCCAGUCGGAUCGCACCUGCCCGAGCUGGUGAGCGCCCAGACGCGCGGUCAUGACCACGGCCAAGGAGCCCAAUGCUUCGGUGAAAUCCGUGCAGCAGCAGGAGCAGGAGCUGGUGGGGAGUAACCCUCCGCAGAGGAACUGGAAAGGGAUCGCCAUCGCGCUGCUCGUGAUCCUGGUCAUCUGCUCCCUGAUCGUCACCUCGGUCAUCCUGCUGACGCCAGUGGAAGAUAACAGUCUCUCCCAGAAGAAGAAGGUCACGGUGGACGAUCUCUUCAGUAAGGAGUUCAAAGUUCACGACCCGGAGGCCAAGUGGAUAAGCGAUAAAGAAUUCAUCUACAGAGAGCAGAAAGGAAAUGUGAUACUGCGGAACGUUGAAACUAAUCUGUCUACAGUGUUAAUCGAAGGCAAAAAAAUUGAAUCGUUACGAGCCAUCAGAUAUGAGAUAUCUCCCGAUAAGGAAUAUGCACUUUUCUCCUACAACGUGGAGCCCAUACACCGACACUCCUACACUGGAUACUAUGUCCUGAGCAAAAUUCCUCAUGGAAAACUCAAGCCCGAGGAACUGAAGAUGACCCGCGACAGUGCAAAUAACUUGUCCACGGGCGUCUUCUUCCUAAAGCACACGCCACGUGUCUCCCUGGAGGAGGAGCCAUGCUGUUAUUUUUCAAGCAGAUACACAUCCGCAAAGAUAUUUAUCUUUGAGAACAACAUCUACUACUGCGCUCACGUCGGGAAGCAGGCCAUCCGCGUGGUCUCGACGGGGAAGGAGGACGUCAUCUACAACGGCCUCAGCGACUGGCUGUACGAAGAGGAGAUUUUAAAGACCCACAUCGCCCACUGGUGGUCUCCGGAUGGUACGAGGCUCGCCUACGCCACCAUCAAUGACUCCCGCGUGCCCGUCAUGGAGCUCCCGGCCUAUACGGGCGCCAUGUACCCCACAGGGAAGCUCUACCACUACCCCAAGGCCGGGUGUGAGAACCCCAGCAUCUCCCUGCACGUCAUCGGCUUAAACGGGCCCACCCACGACCUGGAGAUGACGCCACCCGAUGACCCGCGGAUGAGGGAAUACUACAUCACCAUGGUGAAGUGGGCCACCAAUACCAAGGUCGCCGUGAACUGGCUGAGCCGGGCGCAGAACGUGUCCAUCCUCACCCUGUGUGACGCCACUACAGGCGUCUGCACCAAGAAACACGAGGAUGAAAGUGAAGCCUGGCUCCACAGACAGGUAACUAUUCCAUGAGUGAGUUCCCACACUGGGGGCGUUUGCAUCUCACAAUGACCCCAGGGGAGCCCCAAGCAGACACUAGACGUGCGUGGCCCUGGUGAGCGUGCCACCUGCCGCCCUGCUCCCUCCAUGGCCCUCGCACUCCUGGAAGGCGGGUUCUGAGGAGGAUGCUUGAGAGUCGCUGCUCUUGACAGCCUACAACGUGUGGUGAGACCUCAGGUCUCCGGUACAUGAUGCCCUGCAGGUGAAGGAAAAAUGGUGAGUUUCCCAGAAGGAAAGGAAACAUGGGCAAUAGUUCUGUUCUCUCCACGUGGUCUCGUGGGGUCUCAUUUGCAGCGGAUGCCGGCAGGGUUCAGCAUGAGCCUCCCAGGGACGAGACGUCAUCCCCACUCCCAGCUUCCCCGUCUCUGACCCAGAUAAGAAGUGCCCUCAGACAGGCUCUUGAAAUUGGAGAUCACAGGAGGUCAGGGAGGCCUACAGUUACUCACUCCAUGACCAAAAAUAUCCUAUAUAAUAAAAG